AUGAAGCAUUACAUUAUCGUCACUUUCGAUGGCGCUGCCAAAGAUUUGAAGCGCCAUUGUCACGAUCGACGGGAAGCGUUGCAGGCACUGCGCGAAAACCCUGGAGCUCGUAUGAUGGUGUUUUCAUCCGAAGAUGAAGUAUCCUGCUUCCUAUCAACUCCACCAGCUACCAACGGUCACGUUACCGAUCACGAUCGAGCCCUGCAGUACAUGCAGGCUGCUGCCUAUGAUGGGCGAUAUAAGCAAUGCUUCCUGCAAGCGAUCGAGGCUGGCGAUGAUCUGCAGGUGUUCCGGAUGAUAGUGUGCGCUCCAGCCCUGUUGAUCAACGACACGAACCAUCCGCGCGUGUACAACAAAGCCGGCGAAAACGCACUACACAUCGCGGCUAGAUGUGGCUUUGCCCAGAUUUGCACCCAUAUCCUCGAAGCGAUCCGCACCCCUGCGUUCAUCGCUGGGUACCAGGGGAAACGGACCGAGAUGACGGACGUGUUGAGCGAAAAAUUGCUCGAGCUCUACCUCAACUCGGUGGACCGGUACAAAUACGAGACCCCAUUGCAUCUAGCAGCCCAGCACGGUUGGGUAAGUGUCGUGCGUGUGCUGCUUUCGUAUCCGCAGUGCGAGCUGAAGCCCAACAUUUGGAAGCAUUACCCGCAGCACGUUAUAUGUGUGCGCGCCACUGGUGCUUCCACCUCGAGCGCGGUGAUGGUCGCCAUAACCGGUUUGCUGCAGGAGAAUUAUUUCGUUCCGCUCGUAAGAACCGAGUCGGAUCUGGAACCGCCGUUCGUUGGGGAAGCUUUUAUGCGCCAGAAACCGCCCGACCUAAGCCAUCCAUCGCAAGAUGUACUGGCCCCGGGUCGGAGUAUCGCGGCGUUCGCCGGUCCGAUGACGCUCGAACAGGCGCAUCAUUUUCGCAAGCUGUGGCAAACCACUCCGAGACUUUCGGUAAUUGCCAUUCAAGGGGGUGGCCCGAAUUAUUCCCCCCAAACCGGCAGUGAUUCACGAUUGCUAUGUGCCGUCACCGGCAAGAUAUACGAAAAGUCCAACUUAUCCCAGUCUCCGGGGUUCAUUAUGCGCGAGUUUCGUAGACGCUAUUUGCACGCUGCGAUGGAGCGUAUUGGCCGCUAUCUGGCCAAAUGGAUGAACGUCCGAUGGAAAGAGUAUUGGCCGUUUCUUAGCGUGUACUGCGAUUUGGGCGAGCUGGUCGGGUUGCACAUAUUUGAGACAUAUUUAGCUCAACGGGCGGCCAACUUGACCAUGCAGCAGACCGCCUCAUCGAUCGCUAUCGGUGGGGUCAUAACCAACCGCGACAACCUUUUCGCGCUGUUUGCUCUGGAAAAUGUUGAAAUCAAUGAGCAGCUGUUUCCAUUCGUUAUGCGCUGGAAACGAAACAUGUUGCUUAUUUUCAAUGCAGAUAAAUGA